AUGUGCUCCCAGGACAAGGAGAACACUCACAACGAUUUUUCUAGCCAGGUCCACUGCGAUUGUUGCCGGCCUCCUUGCGUUUCUGUUUCCACCUUUUAGGGUUAAAGUUAAAGUUCUCCUUUGCUGUGUGUUGGAUGCUGGGUCCCCAGAACAGUAGCCCGGGGGCGGUGGGAGCUGCUAGCAGUACCGGACUAGGUGUCCUGGGCCGGCUGGGGUCCCACGAGGCGCCUGAAGCGCCCGGCAGGGUUACUAAAGUCCCGGAGCACACAGCCAGUGGCCCGGCCCUCUCCCGGGAGGCUGAGGAGAGCCAGAAAAACCAAGCUCCAGCCCCGGGACGGCCUUGGCGCUCAAGCCUUUUCAAUGUGCAGCGGUGGGCAAGCAGGAGGCAGGAUGGGAAGGCUAGCAAGCGGCAUAGCUCCUGCCUGCUUCAUCUGGCGCCACAAGGCGGGCAGAAGGUCUCUCUAAAGGUCACCGGGAAUCACCUGGAGCUCAGCCCCAUCGAGGAAUCCGACCAUAAGGGCUACUGCCAGCUGUUUGCUGCGGCGGUGGGCGACCUGGAAUGGCUGCGGUUCUGCUUGGAUCAACACUGCGGAGAUAUCCAGGCCAACGACAAGGGCUUUGCUGCUAUCCACAUGGCAGCCCAGAAGGGCCAGCUUACCUGCCUGCAGGUCUUGGUGGAGGAGUACAAGUUUCCCGUGGACCUGCCCACCCUUGAUGGCGAGACAGCCCUGCACCUGGUCAUCCACAAGGACAACAAGGCUGUGGCCCUCCAGUGCAUUCAAUACUUGCUCGAUAAAGGGGCAAGCCUCCACGCUCAGACACACAGUGGCUCCACGCCCCUGCACCUGGCAGCUUCUGAGGGCCUGCUGAGCUGUGUACAGACCCUGGUUCAGAGAGGUGCCAAUGUCCAUGCUCAGGACUCCAUUGGAUACAAACCCAUUGACUACUGCAAAAUGUGGAAUCACCGCCCCUGUGCCCGGUUCUUGAAGGAUGCCAUGUGGAAACGGGACAAGGAUGACUUUGCCCAUGAGAUGGGGAAGCUGAAGAGGCUCAAGAACCAGUUGGGCCUCAUGAAGCUGGACUACCUGGCUGAGUACCAAAAGGAACACAAGGUUCUAAAAGAGAUGGACUUCCGGAAGUGGCUCCGCUGCAGGCUGUUCAACCAGCGCCACUCUCUGCUCUCCAAAACCAAACAAAUGACUGUUACCCCAACCCGCGCCAUUGUACUCCCCAAGACCUCGAAAUGGCAAAGCCCACAGACUCCCCAGGGCUGCCAACCCAGGGUGAAGUUACAGCUUAGAAGUAUACAGCCAUGCACUGGGCAGGUGCCAUCCAAGCCAAUCUACCAGCGGCCCUCGUUCAAGCGACCCAAGCUUUGGAAUCCUAGCAACAACCCUGCCAGGUCCCCUUCAACCCAGUUCAGCUACCCCCAGGGCGUGCGCCUGGGCAUACAGCCAGACUCCUGCCAAAAGCAGGACUUUAGCAGUUUCUUGGACGUGAUCCCUGGCCCCAAUGGCUGCACAUGGCUGCACAGAGCAGAUGGCCACUGGGUGGCGCCCGUGCCCCAGCUGCCUUUGGAGGUGAUAAUCCGGGAGCUGUACCCACAGAGCCAGCCAUGCAGGAUGCAGGUGCCCCAGGAUUUUCAUGCUGUCAACAUUAAGGAUGUGCCCCACAAGCGGCACUCAGACAGUCGCGCCUUCUAUAACGACACACUGGCCAUGAGCCUGCGCCAGACAUUUGAUGAAGCCUUCCUGGCUAAUGUGCGAGCCCAUCAAGGGCUCCCUGCCCUGCCAACCCCUACAACCCCUCCAUAAAGUUCUUUCACUGGCCUGUGGACCUGAGGCAGCCCAAUGAAGGCUAAGGUGUACUGAUUCAUGUUGUGGAUGGGAGGAAAAAGGUAUGCCCGUGUGCUUCCCACUCCCAAGCUCAGGGACAGGAUGAUGUCCCUCCCUACACCCCACCCUCCCCACAACUUCCCCUCUAUAAAAGCCUAGACC